AGAUGGCACUUAUGUCAGUGUGUAACAGGUUCUCCCUGAGUUGACUGUCAUAUAUUUAUUUAACUCCUAACCUCAAAUGUAGUGUUAUUAAUCAGACAAAGGCACAUUUUAAUGUAAUGUCUGUGAAAGAUUGGAAACUGUUCAUUAAUCAAUUCGUAAUUCUAAUCAACUAUUGAGGAGUUAUUAUUUUUUGAAGUUAUUUUGAUAAUGAUGAAAUUUCCUACGAUGAAACAAGAUAACAUCACAAUGGGAUGGUGGUGGAUUGUCGGAUUAGCUAUGUACGUGAAUGCACAGCCAUCUUGUAAAUUGUACGGUGCAUCUAAAACCAUAGUAUCAUGCAAGCCUGGGGAUAAUGACUACGUUUUAGAAAGAGGACUAGUUUCAGACAACAACAGAACUACCAAGAUAACUCUACGUGGUUGCAGAAUUACAAAUGUCGAUUAUGAAUCGUUCGAAAACUUACCAGCAUUAAAACAUAUAGAUUUGUCACAGAAUGCUAUACGGAUGCUUAAAUUAGGCGUACUAGAUGACGCUUUAGGAGUAACUCACCUCAAUUUAUCCUAUAAUAUGCUAACUCAUUUCCCAUUAGGUUUAUUCGAUCAGAAGACAAAAUUGGCAACACUCGAUUUAACAGCAAAUGCGCUUGUUUCGUUUGAAUUAGGAAUUUUCGAUCCAUUAACUAGAUUGAAGUCUUUGUAUUUGUCUACUAAUUCAUUUUUAGGUAAAGAUUUAAAUCCAUAUUUGUUUGAUCAAAAUAAAAUUCUUUCUCUAAUAGAUUUUUCAAGAAAUGAUAUGUCUCAAUCUCCGGAUAACUUGUUACAUGCGUUUGAUAACCUAGAAAUGUUAAAUUUGGAUCGAACAUUUUUAUCUGAAGUACCAAAAUUUGCGACAAUCGCUAAUUUGAAAUCUUUAAAACAAUUAAUAUUAUCUACUAAUCAAAUAAAAAGAUUAGAUAAUCCGAUAGCAUUUAUUAAUUUAGAUAACCUAAAAGUUUUAGAUUUAUCUCAGAAUAAUUUGGAGUACAUACAUGAAAAUGUGUUUAAACCUUUAAGGAAUGUUGUAGGGAUAAUAUUAAAAAGUAACAAAUUGACACACUUACCGGAAACAUUAUUUCAAAAUCUACCAAAAUUAAUAAACGUCGAAUUAUCUCAUAAUCAUUUGAAAACAGUCAGCGUUGAUGGCUUCAAAGGUACAUCAUUAAAGAAUUUGAAUUUAUCAGACAAUAAAAUUAGAUUUUUGCCGGUAAAUUUCUGUUCCAAAUUACGAAAUAUAGAUAUAAUAUUAGCUAAGCUUUAUUUUAUACCGAAUCCUUGGGAAUGUGCUUGUAUGAAUGAAUUAGUUAGUGAAGUUAAGACGAUGAACAUUUUGUAUGACGGUGGUGAUUUUGACGGAUCACAUCAAGUUUGUGUUGUAACAGGAAAGUUUGUUUGUGAUAGAAGUUAACUACCGUUUAAGAGACAUUCUGAGUUCUCUAAUGAUUGUUUUUACAAACCAUUCGUUAUAUUUAAGGCUGCCAUACAGCAUUCAGUAAGAAAAUAGUUUUACUAAGGUUUGGUUUUUUAAUUAAUUUUAUAAUUUUGCUGUAUCUUAAAUCAAAGAAAAGAAAAGUGUGUGAACGAGGAUAUGCUUAAGAAAGGAGUGGAUUCAGAUAUGACGGCUGAUAGAGAUGUAUGGAGCAGCACAUACUGUGCCCUCCGUAAGGGAUAAGGGCAAGUUGAUGAUGAUGAUGCUUUAUCUUAAGACAGAUCCUUACGCAGAAACAUUUAUCUAAGAGUAACUUAGGGCUGGUUAAUGUAAAUGGCCAUUUAUAUUUUGAAUGCGGCAUUUAGAUAAUAAUUAUUAUCUUAAUUGAUUCUGUAUCAUAUUCUAUACUAUUUUAAUUAAUAAAAAAACAUUGUUUCAUUAUGUCUAUGUUCUUGUAUGGGCAACGGUCGCUUUCCAUUUCGGUGCAUUCAGGUGGCCGCUGGCUUGUUUGCCACCUUAUAUUAUAAAAAAAAAUUCUAUGUGAUCCUAAAUUAUUACUGAAUAAAAUCGCUUUGCAGCCCUAAAAAUAUGUUUUUCUGCGAAGUUUUUUAUACUUUUACUAUGCUCUCUUACAUUACACUAGCGUAUUAUAGCUAUGUUUAUAAGCAACUGGAACUUAAUUCGUAUGAGUUAGAGAUUCAAAAAAUAUAGAGUAGGCAUAAUUGAACUUUACUUGAUACAUUCUUUGCAUCAUCUCACUAACGCUAUCUAUACUAUUAUAAUAAAGCGUCAACACACACUUCUUUGUUGCCUAAGAUAUCAGUA